CACCAACCACCGUGUUUCGCUUUGCUCGACCGAACCCAACCGUCCGAUGCGCACCAACGAUCGCGCGCGCCUAUACUCCUCCACACUGGCUAUAGCUACCGACCGACUGGACUGGAUCCGAUCGGAGCGGUUGGUGCAGCAACAACAGGUUCCCCACGUUGCUUUCCACGGGCAGGCGCUUACUCAACUGUUUCGCGUCGGAUGGUACGGAUCGGUCGGUUCGGUGCCGAAAUCGAAAACGUGUGCCUGGUUAGAGAUUACAUACCUACAAACCUACGAUCGAUCGUGCAGAGCAGAGAGUGGUGGGAGUGAGUAAAGAAUGUUCAACCGUCAGCGGAGGUAGCAGAGCACCAGUGUUCAGAAGAUCGCCGCGAUCGUUCUGUGUGUGGGAAACGUUUGCGAACAGUGAAUUGAUUGAUUGAAGUGGUUUAGUUUAUACUUAGUUUCUCAAGUGAAUCAAGAAUGAGUGCUUUGUAAUGGCCGGACAGAAGUUUUUCCACGGCCUCACCGAGGGCAUGAUCAACCGUGCAUCGGGUCGGCCAGAUCGUCAGAAGUCCAGCUUCUACUGGCCGGAUGAGUACCUGCAGGAUCCGGAGGAGAUCUACAAAACGUCCAGCCGUCGACAGUCGGCGGCGUCGUCGAUAAUGUCUACGCCCACCCAGGAAUGUGCAAGCCCCGCGAGUGAGUACGAAUCGGCAGAUGUUCUGAAGCAACGCCACAAAAGCAACGCCGAGUCCCAUAUUGCGUUCUACGACGAAUGCGAUUCCUCCUUCUCGGAGAUCGAACGGGACCGACAGCGGGAAAAGUUAAGAAUAGAACAGUUUCUCCGGGAGCAAAGUGACGACGUCAGUGAAAUGGCCAAAACGCGCCGCCAGAACACCCUGAAGUCGAGGAUCCAGUUCUACGACAUGGACGAACCGGGAGAUCGAUCACCUCCGAAGGCUCGAUCACCAACCAAGCCCUACACCAACGGGUACCACACGCCGCAGACCCCAGACCAUGGCGACCCUCCCCGGUACAGCCCCAUGUCCAACGGAGGGGCUGAUAGGCUUCGGCGCCAGCUGUCCUCCCCGGGAGGAUCAUCCGAGUAUCACUACUCGGCGCGCUACACCGGAAGCUACGAGGACUUCGAGGAAGACGACGACCGGAGGAGCUACAAAUCGACGGAGCUGAACUUCAGCCCACCGGGAACUCCCGGCGGUGGCGGCGGCGGCGGUUCGGACGUUCCGGAGCACAAGCGCAUCUCGCAGCGCCACCUUCGAUCGAGCAUCAACUUCUGCAACGGUGUGGCGGUGGCCGACGAUAGCAGUGCGCCGCGCAAAACCGCCAGCGUGCGGGAAUCGGCCGCUACACAGCGCGUGGGAGUCGGAUUACCAAAUCUGUAGGAAACGAGUUGACGGGAGUUUACUUUUUUUUUGUUUGUGGACACGUGAGGAACUGCCGCCGUCUGUGCGGAAGUGUUUGUUUUUGAGGGGGAGUGUGUGAGACAUAGUCGAAAGUGAGAAUAUUCUUGGGAUCUAACUACCUAACCUAAGUUUAGAACCGGAGUUUUAUGGUGCCUGCAUGUCGGAUGUGGGGAAGUGUUGGUGUGCAGAGAUUUCUAACGAGUCCGGGUAGCAGAAGAGAAUAGCUGACUGUGGUGUUUUAUGGUGUUUACCCGCGGAAGUGUCCCCACCGCGUGCGAGACGGAGGAGAACAUUGACUGUUUAUGAAGAACAACGGUGUCGAUCGCACCCAUCUCCAAAAGCAGCCAUCGUAAACCAACGCAAACCAGCCGUCAGAGAUACAGCUAAGUAUUCUCUCAUCCGCAGCGUAUACCGGCUGAUGACAGGCCGGCUAACUGUCCGCAAGUUGUAGCAAUAUCUCGAACGAGCACACACCUGGCUAAUUUACAAUAUUGAAUUAUACAACUCAUUUGUCCCAGAUUGGUGCUUUCGAGUGAUGUUCGGUCGGAAUUGACACAAUCGCUACAACUGCCAAAUAAGUGAAACCAACUCCGAACCAGAACACAGUUAAAACAGAGAGAGACCCCUAAUUUAAGCUUUCAAUACCCAUGCCACCAAUCCCGAUUCGCUCACGCCGCCUGGUUCACACUAACGAUUAUUAUAUUUAUAGCAAGAACUGGCGCGCACAUACAAUUAACGACUGGCUGCUGCUGCUGCUACAGUAAAAACAAAACAGAGAAUAUAAAGUAACAAACAAUAAAUGGUGAUAAAUUAUUCAUCGACCCCGAAGUGGCGCACUUCUUUGCUAAUCCGAACCACUCCCGCGCCUGCGCCUUAGAGAGAACAACGCCUUCCACAGCCAGAUGAUGGGGAAACUGAAUAUGGUGCAGUACCCGAGUAGAACAGGGUUACAAAUGAAGAUCAGGUUGUAUAGUUCUUAUAGAAUUGCUGAAUUGCAACGUGCUGGACAGUAUUAAUCAAAAAUUACAUGAAAAUCUAAACAAAGAUGAACACUCUGACUUCUUUUUAUGGCGAUUUGGGGGGUGUUAAAAGAACCGGGCCUAAAAACUCACAAUUAUAUGAAAACUGGCAACACUGCUCAAGUAAAA